AUGGCUAGUGAGACAAAAACCAAUAAGGAAGUUUGCUCCGAUAUUAAGGAAAAGACGGAAUUAUGGCUAAAAUGGGAUCAAUGUGAAACAACAAAAAAAGAAAUUCAAGAUCUAAAGGACCAAAAUAAAUGGGAUGAUUUAGGUGCUCGUUUGUGUCAUCGUAUUCAAUUUGGUACAGCUGGUUUAAGAGCAAGAAUGGGUGCUGGAUUCGGGCUGAUGAAUGAUCUAACAGUUAUUCAAGCAACGCAAGGGUUUUUACGUUACUUACAACAAGAAUUUAAAGGCGAUUUAUCUUCUGCAGGUGUUGUGAUUGGAUUUGAUGCAAGACAUAAUUCACAUCGAUUUGCGCAGCUUGUAGCAGCAUUAUUCGUAUGUGAAGAUGUUAAAUGUUAUUUGUUUAAUACCACAGUUCCAACGCCAUUCAUCCCAUUUUCUGUUAAAUAUUUGAAUUGUAAAGCAGGCAUUAUGGUAACGGCGUCCCAUAAUCCAAAAGAUGAUAAUGGUUACAAAGUGUACUGGGAAAAUGGUGCACAAAUUGUUAGUCCACGUGAUUCAAAUAUAUCAGAUCAUAUUGAGCAAAAUCUAGAACCGUGGAAACAAAAAGCAUGGAAUUUAGACAUUCUAAAAACUUCAAAUAAAGUCUGUGACCCAAUGAAACAGGUUUUUGAUGUUUAUUUCAAAGAAUUACGUCGUCACUGCUAUUUUCCUCAGUUAAAUUCGUCUCCAAAAGCACCAAAAUUUGUUUAUACUCCCAUUCAUGGAGUCGGUCAACCUUAUGCUGAAGAAGCUUUCAAAGUAUUUGAAUUUAAACCAUUUAUAUCGGUGAAAGAACAAAAAGAGCCAGAUGCUGAAUUCAGAACUGUUAAAUAUCCAAAUCCUGAAGAAGGUCAAUCGACGUUGGAACUAGCACAACAAACAGCAAACGAAAAUCAAUGUGAUUUUAUUUUGGCUAAUGAUCCAGAUGCUGAUAGAUUUGCUCUAGCUGAACGAGAUCCAAUGGGAACAGUGCAGACUGGAUGGAGAAUAUUAACAGGAAACCAGCUGGGAGCACUCUUAGGGUGGUGGCGUUGGUUUACGUGGCGUAAUGCUAAUCCUGAUGUUAAUGUUGAUGAUGUGUAUAUGUUAUAUUCAACAGUUUCCUCUCAUAUUUUAAAAUCAAUUGGAGAAGUUGAAGGGUUUCAUACUGUUGAAACGUUAACCGGGUUCAAAUGGCUUGGAAACAAAUCAGAUCAGUUAAUCAAAGACAAGAAACAUGUGUUAUUCGGUUUCGAAGAAGCAAUCGGUUAUAUGUGUGAUCCGUAUAACGUGUUGGAUAAAGAUGGUAUAUCUGCAUGCGUCAUUGGCGCUGAAUUGUGCACUUAUUUGAAAUCGAUCAAUCGUACUCUAUACGAACAACUUGAUCACCUAUCAACAAUAUACGGUUACCAUAUAAAUGACAAUUCUUAUGUAUUUUGCUAUCAAACAGAUAUUAUGUUAAAAAUAUUUGAUCGAUUACGUCAUUUUGAUCGUGGAGAUGAGAAAAAAAAUACACAACAAUCAACAAAAUCAAAACAAGGUGAAACAGCUGCCCAUCAACCUGAACCCAAAGAAGCAAAUGUAAUUGUUCAAUAUUCGAAUAAAAUUAAAUCUCAUAUUACUUCAGAAGAAAAUGAACAGAAAUCUGCUAAAAGUAGUGAUGAAACCUAUGUGUAUCCAAAAACGUGUGGAAAAUAUAAUGUAACCGGUAUUCGUGAUUUAACUGUUGGAAUUGAAGCGGAUUUUAGAAAUGAAAAAGAUAAAAAGCCAGAAUUACCAUGUUCAUCAGCCACACAAAUGUUAACAUUUUAUUUUGAUAACGGAUGUGAAAUAACAAUUAGAGCGUCAGGUACUGAACCAAAAAUUAAAUGGUAUUCAGAAAUACGUAAGAAAUCGUCGAAUAUGGAUAAAAAAGAAUUACAUGAAGAAUUUCGUCAACAAACUCGACAAGAAUUACAAGAACUAUUAGAAACGUGUAUAAAAGAAUUUUUACAACCAGAAAAAAAUGAAUUAAUCGAAAGAGAAACAUCAAGAAAUUCUCAUAUAAAUGAUGAUCAACAAUCUUCGUCGUUCAUUGACAUCGAAGAAGUCGUAGAACAGCCACAUUCUCGUUCUAAUUUAACAAAUGAUCAAGUUCGUCUACAUCGUUUACAAAUCUAUGAACUCGAACGUCAAUCACAAUUGAAACAAAUUCGUCGUAUUGAAAAAAUUGAAAUUGAUGUGCAAGAUUCAAUACAAAAUAUUAAAUUACUAAUGAAUAAAUCUUUAUCAACACCGUACAAUUGUGCUCAACAUAUCUCAUCAGUUCUAGUUGAACGUUCUUGUUUAGCACUAUUAGAUGGAAAUAAAAUUUGGGAUAUGAAUCGACCAUUAGAACAUGAUUGUCAAAUGAAGUUUUUACAUUUUCUAGAAGAAAAUCCCUAUGAACAAAAUAAAGCCUAUUGGAGAACAUGUUCAUUUAUUAUCGGAUAUUUACUAGAGACAGCGUUUAAAUCAAAUUAUUUUAUUGAAUUAUGUUCAUUUCCACCGCCACAGUUUGAACACGGAUCAGUUGUUUAUGAUGCAAAACUAAAUCUAGGUAACUGGAAACCAUCUUUUGAAGAUCUACGUUCAUUGUCUAUUCAAGCUUAUAAAUUACGUGAUUUAAAUUUAAAAUUUGAACCGUUACAAAUAAAUCGUGAAUGUGCAGAAGAAAUGUUUAAAUAUGAUCGUUACAAACUGCAACAAAUUCCAUACAUGUUAAAACAGCGAGUAGCCGAAGAACAACCACGUUUAACCGUUUAUCGAAUGGGCAGUGAGACACAUCAAGGUCAUGUUGACAUUACGCAAGGACCAUUGAUAUCAAAUACAGGUCAAAUUGGUCGAUACGAAUUCGCUGCGAUUCACGAUAUCACUUCAAAAACAUACGGCGAAUUACAGCGAAUACAAGCUCUAUCGAUUCCAGCACAGUUACAUUUGCAUUAUUGGACAUUUGACUUUUUACUACAACGAGCAAAAAAAUUAAAUCCCGCUAGUCUACCAGAUUUACCUAAUAAGAAAAAAGAAGAAUCGACUUUGACCGAGGAAGAAAAUAGACAACAGUAA